AUUUUGAUCUUUAUUUCACUAUGCACUCCCCAUAUUGAUGGACAAAUUUCCACAUACUCUCUUACUUUGGCUUUUAGCAGUUUGUUGCAGCCGACUUGCAACCCUAAUGGUCAGGCCUUUCUCAAUAUGUCCCGGUAACCAUGGGGAGAUGAAUAACAAAAUAGCACCGGGGUCCAGCUCUUGCCGUUCCGAGGCAACUUCUGCAAGAAUGAUCGGUGGUCGGAGACUUUCAGGUCGCAAGAUAGGCAAUAUUUGGCCGGAUUGCACAUUGAUGGCAGUAUCAUGUCUGAUGCAGAUCUUGACACAUCUCUCGAACCUGCUGACCUGAGAGGUGCCACUCAAAACAACUUGGUCCCCAUCUUAUAGGCUAGGCGUGGUGUGAUGUGCAAUUGCAAUUCCUUCAUUGAUACCUUGAGCCAGCCAGAAAUCUAUAUAGUGCGGGUUAGGGCGCUGGCGGGCAGCCGGCGCCUCGCUUGCAGCGGGG